UUUCAACGCUAACCCGGUGUCAGGCGUUCUAAAUAACGUGUCAAGCGCCCGGUUGAGCUAGUAGGUACACGUGCAGCACAAUGAACCAGAUAUUCGUUCGUACGAACAAGGGAGAGUAUAUCGCGGGCGAAACAGUUUAUGGGUGUGUUUAUCUAAACAUCGUGAGACCUAUUGCGUCGAAAGGAAUGAAACUGAAGGUGAAGGGUCUGGAGAAAUGUGAUUGGGAGUACACGUACAAUGAACAGGACGAAGACCGGUAUGUGUCGCGGCAGGGCGAGAUGAAGGGCAAGAAGGAAUUCUUCAAAGUAGAGAUACGUCUCAUUGAUUAUCCAGGUGGUUUUCCAAUGGGCUGUUUUGCAUAUCCAUUCCAGUACACCUUACCACAAAGUCUCCCUGGCGUGUUCUCGAAAGAGGAUAAGCAGCACGGCGAGGUGUGGAAAGCUGCGAUCAAAUACAGGGUCAAGGCAGAGGUAGACAUUCCAGGAACAAAACAUGAUCUACAGGUGAAGCAGCCUCUCAUCGUGUACAGCGAACUGCGGAAACCCGUCGAGCCUGUGAGGUAUGACAAACAGGGGACCGUCCGCACUUGCUGCUGCAUCCCACGUGGUGAUGUACUCGUCCAGGCAACGAUGGACAAAAAUUCCUACUUUGCGGGAGAGACAGCACAGAUUCACGUCGACGUUGACAACCAGUCGGCUGUCGAUAUUGAAAACUUUGCAGUGAAGCUCAUGCGUGUCAUCACGUUAAAAGGGAAAGACGAUGAUCGAAAUUACCACGACUCGUUGAAACUCAUCGAUACAGUGUGCGAGAACAAGUACGAUGGAUGCCCUGCUAAUUCCAAUAAAUCAAGAGACGUUCCACUGGAACUCUUCAGCAAGACAGGAAGCAGCCACAAAGAACUGCAGCCGACCACUGGUGGCAGUGUCGUUUCUUGCAGUUACCAUGUCGAUAUUGAAAUGCAAGUACCAUGGGCUCCUGAUAUUGAAAUCCAUGCACCUGUACAGAUCUUAGCGCCAGUGAACGUUCAGUGGCAGCAAUGGCAACCGCCGUCGUGGGUGUCUCAGUGCGUCCAGACUCAAGUUGUUGGCCCCUAUGGAGUGGCACCUGAGGUGCUCGCAUCUCAGGCUUUUGCUGGAAUUCCUGGUUUCUAACGUCAAUCCCGUCGUGGAGUGUCCCCCAAGAGUUUGCUGACUGAUUAACUGUAUUUCGUGUUCAUAAUUAUCGGUAAGCAGCAGGUUCAAGUCAGGGUGUUCGCAUUAUAUUGCUACGUGAAAUGAAUUAGGAAGCUGAUACUAGUGAUGAUAAAUCUUCAUAUUUUGGUGGCUCA